AUGCAUCCCCCGACCGAUCCCCUACUUUUUCUGCCCGCCCAUGAACUACAGAGAAAAUUAACUCACAAUGAGAUCACCAGUGUCCAGCUGGUGGAAGCCUUCCUAGCAGAAAUCGAGCACCAUAAUCAUCAGGGACGAGGACUCCACGCCAUCAUCUCGACUUGUCCCAAAGAUAUCGCGUUGACCCGAGCCAGAUGGCUUGACGAACAACGACGACUUGGCUAUGUACAGAGCAAGCUGCAUGGGAUCCCCGUUGUCGUCAAGGAUGCGAUUGUUACCGACGAAUCGCUAGGCAUGCCCACAACGGUAGGGUCGCAUGUGUUUGCCAGCCUCAAGGCAAGGAGGAAUGCGUCGGUGAUCACCAAGCUGAUUGAUGCGGGGAUGAUUAUCCUUGCGAAAGCAAACAUGACGGAGUUUUGCGGGUUGAAGUCUGACACCACGGCCGUUGGCUGGAGUGCCCAAGGUGGCCAAACUCUAUCUCCCUAUCGUCAGGAAGGCCUUAACGAGGAUGAACAGCCAACUCCGGGCGGCUCCUCGUCCGGCUCCGCAGUUAGCAUAGCUGCCGGGUUCGCUCCUCUUGCAAUUGGCACCGAGACAGCGGGCUCGAACGUCUAUCCCGCAAGUGUGAAUGGGCUGUAUGGCAUGAAGAUCACGCCGGCUUCCACCGCCCUCGAUGGUGUGUUCAAGCUUAGUUCAAGCUUCGAUGGCGUAGGGGUUAUGGCGCGAGACCCAUACGAUCUGGCUGCACUUACCGAAGUGCUUCUAGCCCCUCAAGCCUUUGACAGGAUUCCUAGAGAAGGUUACAAUUCCAUCAUGGGAACCUCCUGGACGGGACUCCGUCUUGGCGUGGUUGGUAUCAAAUGGGGGAUAGAUGACGGCAUCUCGAAGGGGAAAUGGGAUUUGCCCGACGUGAAAGCGACAUACGAGGCGGCUACAGAGAAAAUCAAAGCCCAUGGAGCUCGAUUGGUCUACCCGCUACAGAUACCGGAGGCCAAGAUUCUAAAGCACGAUGGCCAUGGCAUCCGGGAAGUGGCGAACUGCGAAUUUCCGGGUCAAGUUCAAGAUUUUCUGCUGAACUUUUGGCCCGACCCUCAGCUCCAGACUCUUGAGGAUAUAAUAGAGUGGAACAAGAAGCACGACGAGACGGAGCGCUUGAAACAUCUUCACAUAGCGGGGACCACGCAAACAGAAGUCAUCGCUUCCUUAAAGAGCACGAUGUCUCCCGAAUCCUAUGCAUCCGCAAUCUCCCAGCUCCGGCGGUUGGCCUCUGUGGAUGGGAUGGAGAAAUGGAUGGAGGAGCACAGCAUCGAUAUUGUGCUUGGUCCCUCGGACUCAACCCUGGUUUCGUUCGCUGCAUGUGCGGGGUGGCCCAUUGCAACCAUGCCCCUGGGCAAGCUGAAGAAGAAUGGUCAGCCUUAUGGCUUUUUCGCUUUGGCGAGAAGCGGGUGCGAGGAUAUUUUGUUGCAUCUGAUGAGUGCAUUUUACAGAACUUUCUCGGAAAACGGCAAAUGA